AAUAGCGACUUUUUUUUUUUUUUUUUAAUUCAACCCGGCGUCCAAACCAUUUUAUCGGUUGUACGCACUGCCCAUUAGUUUCGUAUUAAUUCGAAAUAUCUGAAAUUGUCGCGGUUCAGAAGUCCAGGGAGUGGCGACCAGCAUAUGGCAGCAUCCCGCUCGUAAGGACGCAUUUUCGGUUAGAUUAGUGAGACGUUUUGGGUACUUUUUGUGCGUAAUCGCAGAGUAUUGAAACGAUGAACGCAAAAAUCGAGCAAUUCUUCAAAACGGUGGAGGAUGUCAAAGGUCUCAUUGACACCAUUACUGCCCAAACAGAAGAAGUGGAAAGAAGACAAAAAGUUAUACUUAACAGUCAAAAUAGAGACAAAGAAAUGACUCAUGAGCUGGAGACGCUGAACAAAGAAAUUAAGAUGCAUUCAAAUCAGCUCCAAGAAAAGUUAAAAUCCAUGCAGAAUGACACACCCACAGAUGAGAAAAAACAAAGUGUUUCAGUGUUCCAGCGGAUUUGCAAGAACCAGCACUCCCACCUGACACGCUGCUUUGUGGAGGUCAUGAGGAGAUAUUACAGGGCACAGACAGACUUUAGGGAGAAAUGCAAAGCACACAUCCAGAGACAGCUAGAGAUUGUGGAUAAAGUCACUACAGAUGAAGAGCUGGAAGAGAUGCUGAAUUGUGAUAGUCUAUCAAUUUUCAUAUCUGAUAUGAAAUGUGAAUCGCGACUCUCAAGCCAGGCUCUAAAUGAAAUCGAGUCCCGCCAUUUUGACAUCAUGAGCCUGGAGUCCAGCAUCAGGGACUUGCAUGAAAUAUUUACAGAUAUCGCUUUACUAGUGGAAAUUCAGGGGGAAUUGAUGAACAACAUUGAAAAGAAUGUGAUGUGUGCUGCAGACUACAUAGACCGCUCCAUAACAGAGACUGAUAAAGCAAUUGAUUACAAGAAAAGCACAUUCAAGUUGGUUCCUCCAGCCUUCCUGAGGUCUUUCCGGAAACACUCCAAAUCUAAGUCUGGACAAAGCACAACACUGUAGCUUAAGAACUUUUUAUCUUUGUUUUCUAAUUAUUUAUAUCUUUGUCCCAUUGAUUUCAAUAUAUGCAGUAAAUAUGUUAUAGUGGUUAAUUUCCCAUGUUUUAAUAUUUCAGAUUAACU